AUAUAUAAGCAGGAGGAGGGACGGUUGAGCGGGGGUAGGGAGGCACCGUGUUUAUUGGAGGGCGUUACCUGCGUGUGUCUCUAAUUUGACCCAUCAAAGCGGCUCUUCAGUAUAUUAGGAAAGAAGAAGGGAGUCUUCCGGUUCUUGGUGCUGGUUUUGUUGGUUUCGCUGGCACCCCGAUGAUCUCGGUUGACACAUAGAAACAAAUUACUGGACUCUCUUUGUUUUCUUUUCGCGGAUGUUUUGGUUCUUGAUUUUGUAUUGAAUCAGACAUCCCGCCGUCAACUGGAUAGGGGAUUGUAGUUUCCUGACGAUGAUAAAUUUCCGUCGGCAGGGACACAUUUCUGGUGAGAUAGAUAGAUUGCUUGUCGGAUAAAUCUGUAAGUCUCCGUUCGUGGUUUCUGUUGAAUUUUAAAAGCCUGCAACAGUCUUGGCGUCCCUCUUCUACUUUUGGCAUUUUAGUUCUCUGUUUUCUGUUGAAGCAUUUCCAAGAUUAUUGGGGAGCCCCGUCUGUCAGGUAGUCGUGCUUCUUUGAGUUUCCAAGGUCGCCGGGAACCCAAUUUGUCAUUUGUCCGAGUCGCUUUUCCUUGAGUAUCCGAUUUCAUUGGGAAGCUCGAGUACUUCGAAUUCUUUGCCCUUUUGGGUGUUACAGAAAUAUACCCUUGAAAAGUUAGAAGGGAAAAAAUUAGAUACGUGAUAAAAAAAAAAAAAAAGAGAAACAGGGUUUUGUUUCAGCUAUUCCAAUCCUGUCUAGAAUUUCAUUGACAUUAUUAGUUGAUUCCGCGACCACCAAGAGGAAGAAGAAAAAAAUGGAUGGUUUGUGCUUGAAAUCAAGCUUGCCUAGUUUGCCAUCAUCUGCUUUGGAUGUUCGAGCACAAAACAUCAGCGGAGCUAUUCAAGUUUGCGCAAAAUCUCGCAAUACCAGUUCACCUUUGUCGACCAAUGCCGCCACCGUGGAGAAACAACAAGCAUCGCCAUCCUCGUCCUUCUUGUCAUUCCCAUUCAGAUCGUUCUGGUCUACCGCGAGAAGGCCGGAGGGUACACCGUCGCUGGCCAAGGCCGACAUCGAAGAAGAAAUCGUUCCCCAACUCGUGGAUCAUACCGCAGAAGACGAGGGAGAAGGGAAUCUUGAGCAGCUUAAUGGCAGGGGGAACGGUUACAGAGGAAAGGAAAAUUGGGUGUUGAAGAUCUUGUAUGUGAGAUCACUAUGGAAGAACGAGGAAGAGACCCAAUUGGGUUCCAUGGCAAGUGAAGAUGAGGGGGAGGAAGGCUGUGACGCGGAGCUGGGCUGCUGCUGCUCGUCAGAGGAUGUGGACGCUUGCUCGGCGGACGGCGGCGUUGAGGCCUCUCCUGAUCCGAAUUCCUUCUCACGGUUACUGCGCCGGGUCUCGUUAUCGGAGUCGAAAUUAUAUGGCCGGAUGUCGUAUCUUGGGAAUCUGGCAUACGACAUACCAAAUAUCAAGACGGAUCAUCUUCUAAAACAUCUUGGCCUCCGUUUUAUCACAUCUUCGCUGGAAAAGAAGCCAAUAUCUAAACCUGCAGAAAAGGAGAAGUCUGCUGUCAGCAGCUCAGAUGGAACAGAAACCAAUCAGUCAAAUGAAGAGGUGCAGACGAAGAAAGGGAUAAGCCUAGCUGCCGCUUAUCAGAUUGCUGCUGCUGCUGCUGCUGCUGCUUCAUAUCUUCACACACGAACGAGAAGCGUUUUGCCCUUUACAUCUUCAAGGCCCAGCGGAGCUGGAGAAGUGGCAUCCCAAUCUGAGCAGGGUAGUCCACAAGGGGACAAGAUCAAACCAUCUGCAGAUGCAUCCAAGGAAGCUGAAGAGUGUAUGAACGCUGCGCUGGACUUGGCAAGAUGCUCCAUUGGGAUGGACUCUUGUGAAACAGAACUUUCCAGCUCAGAUGUUGCCUCCCUUGUAGCCACUACAAAGUCUGUCACAGCGGUAAUUGCUGCAAAAGAGGAGGCAAAACAAGCUGUUGCGAAGGACCUGAACUCUGCCCAUUCAUCACCAUGUGAAUGGUUCGUGUGUGAUGAUGACAAGAAAGGAACCCGUUACUUUGUUAUUCAGGGAUCUGAAUCACUGGCUUCGUGGCAAGCUAAUCUGCUGUUUGAACCAAUCAAGUUUGAGGGUCUUGACGUCCUUGUCCACAGAGGGAUCUAUGAGGCUGCAAAAGGGAUCUACCAGCAGAUGUUGCCUGAAGUUCAGGAUCACGUAAAACAGAGGGGGGAUUCAGCUACUUUCCGCUUCACUGGCCAUUCCCUUGGAGGUAGCCUUGCUCUUCUAGUGAACCUUAUGCUCCUUAUAAGAGGAGAAGUUCCUGCUUCAUCAUUGUUGCCUGUCAUUACUUUUGGGGCACCAUGCAUCAUGUGUGGUGGUGACUACCUGCUUCGCAAGUUGGGGUUGCCUCGAAGCCAUGUUCAAGCAAUAACCAUGCACAGGGACAUCGUUCCACGAGCUUUCUCAUGCAGCUACCCAGGUCAUGUAGCAGAGUUGCUCAAGGCUAUCAAUGUUAACUUCCGAAGGCAUCCAUGUCUGAAGAACCAGAAACUGCUGUACGCUCCCAUGGGUGAAAUGCUAAUCCUACAGCCAGAUGAAGGCAUCUCUCCUCAUCAUCACCUUCUUCCAUCAGGCAGUGGCCUCUACGUUCUGGAUGGGCGUGGAGGCAACUCCCAACCUGUAACCGGAGCAGAGCUAAGGGCAGCUAAGUUUGCAUUUCUUAAUUCCCCACAUCCGCUUGAGACACUGAGUGAUCCCGGUGCAUAUGGCUCUGAGGGGGCCAUAUCCAGAGACCAUGAUGCCGGUUCUUAUGUUCGGUCUGUCCAUAGUGUCAUCAGGCAGGAGCUCAGACGAGUCAGAAGGGAGAAGAGAGAGGAGCGGCGGAAGGCAUGGUGGCCUCUAGUGAUGACGGAAGGCUUGCUAGAAGGCAGCAGUGGUGCUGUCUCCUUGCAGCCGAAACUACGUGUGCAAGAACACUUUGGCGCAUCCAUGCAGAUGUUUGGUUUUUUGAGAAUUGUAAUCCAAGGCAGCCGGGACUCACUCAUGAGGUUUAGCAGGCUAAUUGUUUCUCACCGUGUUCAUAUGCUGGUCAUAUUAACGUUGCCUGUGCGACUGCUGGUUCUGGGGGACAUGGGCCUUACCAUUUGAACAAGAUGAGUCAUUGACUACUUGAUCUGAAAAUGGAUCUGUGGAUAACUUUUCCUAUGCAUGUACAUGUUGAAUAUUUUGGAAGCAGCAACCCGUCAUCCUCAUGAUGGAAUCCUGUCAAAAUGUAUGCUAGAACUGCUAGUUCUGAUUCUUUAGAUUGCUUGCCCACAUUGGGCAUCCUAAAAUCUUUGUAACAAGAAAUCAAAUAUAGUAAAUUUUCUGUUAGAAGGGUCAUAAUCAA